AUGUUGGAAGCAUUUGAAAUUCUCACUACAUCGGGGGUGGUGCUGUGGUCGAAAUCAUAUGCACCGGUUGGAGCCCACAUCGUCAACAGCCUUAUCAACGACGUAUUUAUCGAGGAGAAAGUUCGAACCCCAGCGCCGGCCACGAGCGGUGCUUCCCCGAUAUACAAGAAGGAGAAAUAUACUUUGAAAUGGAAGAGGGUCAAGGAAUUCAAUUUGAUCUUUGUGGCUGUCUAUCAAUCUCUGCUUCAUCUCGGUUGGAUCGAUAAGCUUUUGGACAACAUUUCAACAGUGUUCAUUGAUCUGUAUAAAGACCAACUACUCGGUACACGCGCUAGGAUCAUCGAGUAUCCUUUUGACAAGUACUUCGACCAGCAAGUCCGGGAGCUCGAAGAUAAUACGGGGAUCACUCCUUCUGAGGCUUUCAAGGCCGAGAGUGAGAGCAAAAAAGACCCGCUUGUCUCGUCUGAUAAUGGUGGCCCGCCACCGCCCCCAGUACCUGGCCUUAUCAAAGCGCAGCGUCAAGCUGCGCUAGGCGUGGUGACCUCAGACGAGGGAACGCCGCCCCAAUCUCCAGAUACUUCUAGAUCAUCAACACCCGUUGCGAGUCAAGUCCUUACCGCAAAGGUUGGGCCAGGUGGCCGUGUAUCUCGCCGUGCGCGUAAAGCCGCCAACAGCGCAAACGUUUCAUCUGGCGAUGAAAAUGUUCGAAAGGGCAAGACUCCUAAGGGUGGAAAGAAAAUGCGCAGGUGGGAUGCCGAUGGACUUGCUGAUGAGGACGAUGGUGAAAUCCUCGACUAUUCCGCACCCAAUGACGGCACAGAGGUGGCCGCCCCAGAAGUGGAGGCUGUUGCUCAAGACACCUGGGGACGUAAAACCGGGAAAGGUCAAUUCGUCCUCAGGGAUCUAGGCGAUGAGGUUCACUCUAUACUUGACAAUGCAGACAAAGAAAAAGCGAAGUCGGGCGCCUCCACUGGAAUGGUUGGUUCGGGAUUUAGUGCUAUCGGUGGCCUGCUUCGUAAUAUUGUUGGUGGGAAGGUUCUCACUGAAGCUGACUUGGAGAAACCUUUGAAGGCCAUGGAAGACCAUCUGCUGAAGAAGAAUGUUGCUCGUGAAGCAGCAGUCCGGCUGUGUGAGGGGGUUCAACGUGAGCUUGUCGGAAAGAAGACUGCCAACUUCCAGAGCAUUGAUGCUGCGCUGCACCUGGCCAUGGAAUCGUCUUUGCGGAAAAUCUUAACCCCUACAUCAUCUCUGGACUUGCUGCGUGAGAUCGACGCCGUCACUUCUCCUACGAACAAACAGCAAGCGCCUCGCCCGUAUGUCAUAUCGAUUGUUGGUGUCAAUGGUGUUGGGAAGUCUACGAACCUGGGCAAAAUCUGCUACUUCUUGCUGCAAAACAACUACCGUGUUCUUAUUGCAGCAUGUGAUACUUUCCGAUCCGGGGCCGUGGAGCAGCUUCGUGUACAUGCUCGGAAUCUCAAAGAGCUCAGCUCCCGCGAGAAUGUUGGCGAAAUUGAACUCUAUGAAAAGGGGUAUGGAAAGGAUGCUGCGAAUGUUGCAAAGGAUGCAGUGGAAUACGGCGCGGCCAACAAGUUUGAUGUGGUUUUGAUCGAUACCGCUGGUCGCCGGCACAACGACCAGCGCCUUAUGUCUUCGCUGGAAAAAUUCGCCAAAUUUGCGAAUCCAAACAAGAUCUUCAUGGUUGGAGAAGCUCUAGUUGGGACGGACAGUGUUAUGCAGGCUCGCAACUUUAACUCAGCCUUUGGUACUGGCAGGAACCUUGACGGCUUCAUCAUUAGCAAGUGUGACACUGUUGGUGAUAUGGUGGGUACGCUUGUCAGCAUGGUGCAUGCAACGGGAAUUCCUAUUGUAUUCCUGGGCAUUGGCCAACACUAUGGGGACCUGAGAGGUCUCAGUGUUCCUUGGGCUGUUAGUCUAUUGAUGAAGUGA